AUGAACAUCAGCCUGCCUUUGACUCUGAGCAACAGCAUAAAUAUCACAGAUAUCGACAUGACUACUGCGUCAUGUUUGGCCAAUGACACCUGCAGGGCCUAUCAUGAGUGUGAUGAGAUUGUGGGGGGCACUUGUGGAUGUAUUCAAGCUCUCCCUUCAGAGGGUCCGCUUUGCCAGAGAGACAUCAAUGAAUGUGAAGAUGCAGUGUCAGUUUGUGGUCAAUACUCAGACUGUAUUAACAUCAUUGGGAGUCACAAGUGUUCAUGCUGGAGUGGAUUUAAUUCCUCCAAUAAAGACAGUCCUGUGAGCCGCAACAACUCAUGUCAGGAUAUAGACGAAUGUCUGGUCAGUCCAUCUGUAUGUGGUCCAGAUUCCAGCUGCACAAAUGAAAUAGGAAGUUACAGUUGCUCAUGUUUGAAUGGAUUCACUGUAACAAACUCAAACCUCUCCAUCAGCAUCAAUAACCCGUGUAGAGAUGUCAAUGAAUGUCUAAAUACAUUAGAGGUCUGUGGUCCAAACUCUCGUUGCAACAACUCAUUUGGGAUUUACAACUGUUCCUGCUUGAUUGGGUUUACUGUAACAAAUAUGAAUCAACCAAUCAGCACCAGUAACCCAUGCAAUGUGACUCUACCUUUGACUGAAUAUCUGAUUGAAAUUCAGAUCAAUAGUGUGGAUAGUAGCGUCACUGAUCAGCUGAGGACUCUUCUGAUGUCUUUUAAUUUGCCCUACAUAAUCAGUGACAGCACUAACAUUACAGAAAUCAGCAUAACUACUGUGUGUUCAUUGAACCAAACGCAGUAUCAGUGUAAAUGUGAGGGUCUGUUUGUUUGGCCAAAUGACACGUGUCACUCAUACGAGGCCUGCGAUGACAUCACUAAUGGUUCAUGUACAUGUAUCAAUGCCCUUCCAGUGGAUGGACAGUUCUGUCAAGGAUUAACAAACUGA